UAUUUAACCAGAUGUUACACGAUAUACUUCCGCUAUUUUUUUAGUGAAUGUGUGUAAAUGAAUCCUGUUCGAGUCAAUUGAAUAUCUGCACAAUAAAGCCUACACCUUUGGUAAUUAUUGGAUGACACGUGUGGUGAGCUGCAAGUCGUUCAAAUGCUUGAUUUCAUAUUGGCUUGAAUCCAAUCAUCAUGCCAGCUCUGGUCUUAUUCAGACGUCGUUGGAGGAUCGGUAGUGACGACUUUGUAUUUCCUGGCAUAUGGUCCUUCCUCUUCAGAAUCCUAUGGCUAACAGCAGUAUUUGUCGUAUACACCUCCCGCGUCUCGUUCUUGGAGUGCCACGGGAGGGAUCUACUAAUGACUUAUUUAAUCGGCCUGAUGACCAUUCUAUCAGUCACAAUAUGUCUGGAGUUUAUUGUUGUGUACAUAAGCGCCCAGGGGUCCAUAUUUAACGCGUCACCCAGGCGUCAUUUACCACUGUUUCUCUACGUCCGAGUUUUUGUCUUCAUUAUUGAGAUUCUCUUCAGCAUCUUGGGGGCCAUCUGGAUGUUCAGCGAGUUUGAGUUUGACAAGACGAACAGCUGCGAGAGGAACAUCGUUCGUCUGGUCCAAGCUGCUGUCAUCAUCAGCUGGGUGCUCCUGUUCGUCGUUUGCGUCUCCGUGCUGGUUCUCUUUAAUCCUUGGCAUCACGAUCACAGAGAUGGAGAUGACAAUGGUGAGGAGGAGCAUGUCAUCAACCCGGCUGUGCAACUCAAGUGGGAACAGAGAUGCAAGAUGCUGUGUUGUUGUGCAGGAAAGGAUGAUAAUUCCCAAGUAGCAUAUGCUGAAGUGGCUGCUAUCCUCUCCAAAUUCUUCCAUGGUCUGGACACAGUGCCUUCAGACAUCAUCGCUGGUCUCAUCCUGAUGCAGUUGGAACAGGAGCGACUCAUGCGGAAUGGCGAGCAGCCCACAUUGACCCGCCCGUGCGGGCCUUGCCUCUCCGCCCCCUCCCAGCCUGCUAUAGAGGAGGUGCCCCAAGCCCUACACUACCUGAGAUUUGCGAGCAGUGCCUACGGGUGGAAGAUGUUUGUCUGUGCUGAUUUGUGCUGUGGGAUCUGCAAACUCUGUGAAUAUUGCAAGAAUGACCAGCGGAUAUGCUGUGGAUGUUUGAGACAGAGUAGCCGUACUGAGAAGGACAACUGUUGCCAGUGUGACACGGCAGCUGUCAAGUACACCACCGGACUAGAGGAAGAAGACAUUAUUUAUAUUAGCUUUCAUAAUAAAGUAUUUGAGAUUCCAUUUUUCGUUGCCUUGGAUCACGAGUAUCAAUCAGUUGUUGUUACAAUCAGAGGAUCGCUCUCGUUCAGGGAUGCAUUGACAGAUGCUACAGCCGAGUCUAUUAAACUGGACAUUGAGGGACAAGAAAUCUACGCACACAAAGGCAUUACUCAGUCUGCAGUGUACAUCAGAGACAAGUUGGAGAAGGAGCAUAUACUGGAGAGGGCAUUCCAGCAGGCACCGGAUUACAAGUUAGUGAUUGCUGGUCACAGCCUAGGGGCUGGUGCUGGAACCAUUCUGUCCAUGUUACUAUACAACACAUGGCCUGGCCUUAAAUGUUAUGCAUUCGCUCCACCUGGUGGGCUUUUAAGUACUGAAGGAGUAAACUACACUUCGGACUUUGUGAUGACAGUCUUGCUCGGUGAAGACCUUGUGCCAAGGCUAGCACUUGGCACUCUUGAAGAGCUGAAAGCUAGAAUGAUUGAUGUUGUCAAGAGGACAGAUAGACCAAAGUACCAAACACUUUUAGGUGGCUGUUGGUGGACAGUAUGCGGUUUUCCUGAGAACCUUCCUUAUUCGAGUGUAUUGUCCGACGUCCAUCCCACGGAGGACCCAGAGAGCCGUCGGCCAUUGAUCAACAACCAGUCUACUCCGCGACCCCGGCCUAACUAUACAGGGGUACAACCAGAGGGCAAUGGAGGGACGGUAGGGGGUGAAGCCGGAGGAGGGAGGGGGAGGAUUGAGCUGUACCCCCCUGGUAGAAUCCUUUGGGUUACAGAGGACGUCAGACAUACAAGGAGGCUUUGUUGCAAUAAGCCCUCCUAUAAAAUCCGCUGGGCAACUUGCCAAGAUUUGAGCCACAUCAUCAUCAGUCCGGCCAUGGUGACCGAUCACCUGCCCAUCAACCUCUCCAAAGCGCUGCAAGAAAUUGAGGAGACUACCUGCGUGACCUUCCAUACCGACGAGCCUCCGGUAUGAGUGGCGGUAUUCCUGUGCGUGUAUUUGUGUGUGUGUUUUAUACCAAAGGAAGUGCUUCAGCAACGGCUAAGGUAUGAUUAUGGGUGUGUCCAAUUAGCUUCCCUGCGUCGACCCCGCAGUGCUCAUUCGGGUGAGCCCCUGAAAAGAGCUAAUCGAACCAUCACUCACCCUUUCUUGGUGACAUCCACUCACCCUUUCUUGGUGACAUCAUGCACCUCAGGCCAGCCCCAGUUGACCCAUUCCACAAGCAGGGCACUGGGGGCUGACCUGGGUGAGCGCCUCGAAUGAAGUCAAAGCUAUUCAAACAUACCAGGGGCAGAUCAGGGUAGAACCGGGGAAGCUAAUCGAACGCAACCCUGUAUGAUUGUAAUGAGUACUUGUAUAGCAAUGGCCCAUGCCAUGCAGGGCUUGAACUUAGAGGGAAAAUCCACAAGACCACAAGGGCUUGUGGCUCGAAAUGUUUACGAGACCUGAAUUUCUUUUUACAAUACCAGAAUCAAACUACGAAAAACUUACUGAUCAGUAACUUUUUUCAAACUGGUGGAAGCCAGAUUUAAAGAUAGUUUGAUUGAAUUCAACUACUAUGAGUGACUUUAAUCAUGAAGUAGGGUCCUAUCUCUGCAACCGAUAACCUGCAGAAUUAAAUUGUUGGCUUGUUAAGCCCAAUGAUGCCACAAAGUUACGCCAAACUCCUUUUACUGGUUUAAUUGGUAAAUGUGCUUUCAGUGAUAAGCAUACGGUUUUAUCAUAGAGAAAGCUCUAUGGAUUUUAUACACUCAUUGAUAACAGCUGCAUGUUAAAUAUUGUGAUGAAGUUUGCUAGAAUUUGGUAGCCAACUAAAUACCAAGCUUUUUGACCUUGCGUUCAACAUUCAGUGAUGGUCAACCAUGUUGUAUGAAUAUUGCAACUGGAUAAUUUUAUUAAAGUUUCAUGGCCUGAUUUUUGCCGAAAUAAAUUGUUUUUUGUAUUUUUUUCUCGUAAUUCACUUUGACAAAUGAUGUUUCUAUACGAAAAACAUACACAAUUUUUGUGUAUGUUACUACAAAUCACAAAAUUCAUGUAACAUGCAAAAUAAUCUUGUACAUGGCUGAUUGCUGUGAGAAAAUGUCGGGAUCUUGACCAUUGUUUGUUUUUUAAUUUAUUACCACUAAUCAUCGACAGAAUUGACUGUGCAAUAUAUUGAAUUUCAUAAAAUAGCUAUAAAUGUACAUUCACAUUUUGGGGUAAAAUUGGCCUAAAAAUCAGACUUGGCACCUAAUGUUCCUUGAUGUACCAACUACAAGAUUAUUGAAUUAUUGGGUUUUCUUGAAAUUUGAAAUUAUCUAAACCUAUGACUGUCUGGGAUUGGCAGGCUUGAUCUUUCGAGCUUGCAAGAUUUUAUGGAAAUAAUAUUUUUAAAAGCUAUUUCCAUAUUUUUUCUUGUGAAUAGUUGGCUUGUCAUUUUCGCCCUGUGCAAUUGACAUAUUCGUACAGCUCACAAGAGAUGAUGUAAACAAUUAUACAAAUGAAAACAAUUCUUCUGUCUUAAUUAUAAGUUUACCCAGUCAGUUUCCUCUGUGGUUAAAAC